CUGUUCCAGGUCCCCUACCUUCCCUCCCAUCGCCCCGACCCGGUAGUCAACAGACCACGUUGCGAGCCAGGGAGAGAGACAUCGUGGAACUAGACCAGCUCCGGUACUCGUCUAGACGGCUGCAACUCUUCUCAGACUCUCACAGGCACGAGUGACUGCUAUUAAUUCUAUUUAAAAUGGGUAUAAAGAAGAAGAAAGAAAUGCAAGUAACUGCACUGACCAUUUGCCAUCAAGACCUUGAAACUUUGAGAUCUUUGGCUGAUGUGGAAGGAAAGAAUCUAGCUUCUUUGCUGUUACGUUGUGUACAGCUCACAGAUGGAGUGUCACAAAUCCGUUAUGUUAAACAGAUUGUGCCUUUACUGGAAAAGGCAGAUAAAAAUGGCGCAUGUGAUCCCGCUAUUCGAAGUUGUUUGGAUAUUUUAGCAGGCAUUUAUCUUUCUUUGAGUGUAAAGAAUCCCUUGAAGAAAGUCUUGGCAAGCUCACUAAAUGGCCUACCUGAAUGUUUUCUAACUGAGGCUAUACAAAGUUUUACUUCUCGUCUUCAGGAAGAAUUGAAUACUACUGAUCUAUAUGCUUAUAGGAAAGUAACUGACAAUAUAUCUUCCUGUAUGGAGAACUUUGACUUGGGUAAAGCAGGAGUUAAUAAUCUUCUUAAAAAUGUGCUUCAUUUUCUGCAGAAGAGUUUAAUUGAAAUCUCAGAAGAAAAUAGAAAAUUCGCUGGAAAUCAUAUAGUUCAAACGCAGUUAAUGAAUGACUUGUUGGUAGGCACUAGAGUUUCAGUGAUGUUAGUGCAGAAAAUACAAGACUUUCAGAGAAUUCAUUUGAAGACUUCCAGUUCUCCCACAUGGCAAAGUAUGUGUGGAUUGCUGAGUAUUUUCACCAAGUUCUUAAGCGAUGAUGACCUCUUACAGACCAUUCAGAGUACGUCUGGAUUAGCUGUUAUUCUUUUUAUUAAGGCUAUGUUUCAUCCACCUGAAAAGAUUCCUGAUUUGAUUAGUAGUUUGCUUCUCCGUUCAGUGGACUGCACCAGCAUCCCCGACUGGUUUUUGAACUGCUGCAGGAGGCUUUGUUGUACUGAUGUCUCGCACUCAACUCUCUUAUUCCUGUGUCAGGGGACACUCACCAUGUUGGACUGGCAGAAUGGGAAUAUGGGCCUGAGUGGGGAGGCCCUGCUCUUGAAUAUUGUGCAUGCUUUGUUUACCUUGAGUUCACAGAUCAAGGAAUCAACUCUGGAAUUGUUUCUGUCUAGAAUUUUGGCAUCCUGGACUAAUUCAGCCAUACAUGUCCUUGAAUCAAGUUCCCCAAGCCUAAAGGACAAUCUGAAUGGGAAUUCAAGUAUAGUUCAGAGACUUUUGGAAUAUGUCUAUACCCACUGGGAACAUCCACUGGAUGCUUUGAGACACCAAACCAAAAUUAUAUUCAGAAAUAUUCUCCAAAUGCACCGGCUCGCUAAAGGAAAGUCAGACUCUGAAGCGCCAGGUUUGGCUGCCGAUCGUUUCAUCUGUGAUCUGGCUGAAAGUCUUCUGCGGUUGGAAUGGCAUGUUAAAGGGAAGUAUGCAUGCCUUGGCUGUUUAGUAGAUUACAUAGGAAUUGGACAUAUUUUGGCACUAGCUAAAACUAUUCCAUCACAAAUCUUAGAGGUGAUGGGAGACCAGUCCUUGGUACCUUAUGCAAGUGACCUCUUAGAAACCAUGUUCAGAAAUCACAAGAGUCAUUUGAAGUCCCAGGCUGUCGACAGUACUUGGAUUGAUGAGUGGCAUGAGACUUGGGUUUCUCCUCUCCUUUUUAUACUGUGUGAAGGAAAUCUGGAUCAAAAAUCUUACGUGAUCGAUUAUUACUUGCCAAAAUUAUUGAACUGUAGCCCUGAAAGCUUAAGCUACAUGGUAAAGAUUCUUCAAACUUCUGCUGAUGCUAAAACUGGGUCUUAUAAUAGCAGAGGGGCUCUGGGAGCUUUGAUGGCAUGUCUGCGAACAGCUAGAGCUCAUGGACAUCUUCAGUCUGCAACUGAUGCCUGGAGGAAUCUCGUGUCCAGUGCAAGAAUAAAACAAGGCUUAAUUCAUCAGCACUGCCAAGUACGGAUAGAUACAUUAGGCUUGCUUUGUGAAAGUAAUAGAAGCACAGAAGUCGUUUCCACGGAAGAAAUGCAGUGGAUUCAAUUCUUUAUCACCUAUAAUCUUAACAGUCAGUCCCCAGGAGUGCGACAACAGAUUUGCUCUCUUCUUAAAAAGUUGUUCUGUAGGAUACAGGAAAGUUCUCAGGUGCUUUAUAAACUGGAACAAAGUAGAGCCAAACAUGAGCCAGAGAAUGAGUUAACCAAACAGCACCCUUCUGUUUCUUUACAGCAAUAUAAGAAUUUCAUGUCAUCCCUUUGCAGCCGCCUUUUUGAAGCACUGUUUCCUGGGUCUUCCUACCCAACUAGAUUUUCAGCUUUAACCAUUUUAGGAUCAAUAGCUGAAGUUUUUCCCAUCCCAGAAGGUCAAGUCCAAACAGUGUAUCAGCUGAGUCAUGAUAUUGAUGUUGGUCGUUUCCAAACACUAAUGGAAUGUUUUACCAGCACUUUUGAAGAAGUAAAGAUUUUAGCAUUUGAUCUUCUAAUGAAGUUACCAAAAACAGUUGUACAAUUUCAGGAUUCAGAGAAACUGCGAGGCUUAUUCGAAGCAGCGUUGGAGCUCAGUUCAAGCACUAAACCCUACGACUGUGUGACAGCUUCCUACCUGCUGAAUUUCUUAAUCUGGCAGGAUGCCCUGCCCUCAUCUCUGUUUGCCUACUUAAAAACUCAGCAAGCUGCAUGUGGAGAUGGAGAUAAGUCUGCUAUUGUGGUGGAGAGGAACACAUUGAUGGUUAUCCAGUGCUUGUUGGAAAAUCUUGAGGAAGAAGUAGCUCAGGCUGAAAAUUCUCUGCUUCAGGCAGCAGCAUCGUUUCCGCUGUAUGGGCGAGUUCACUGUAUAACUGGAGCUUUGCAGAGAUUAUCUCUAAACAACCUGCGGUUGGUGAGCGAAUGGAGACCUGUGGUGGAGAAGCUCCUUUUGAUAUCUUACAGGCUUUCUGCUGUGGUGUCUCCGGUCAUUCAGAGCUCCUCCCCAGAGGGUCUCAUCCCAAUGGACACUGAUUCAGAGUCAGCAAGCCGCUUACAGACAAUUCUGAGUGAGAUUCAGCCACGAGAUACUAAUGACUACUUCACUCAAGCCAAAAUACUCAAAAAACGUGAUAGCUUUGAUUUGGAGGACUUGAAUGCCAGUGUGCCAAAUAUUGGUGCUUCUGCAGAGAUCGAAGGUAGUAAAGAAAGAAAAACAUGUGAUGUAACAGCUCAGAUGGUGCUGGUAUGUUGUUGGCGAAGUAUGAAGGAAGUUGCUUUACUUUUAGGCACACUGUGCCAGCUUCUCCCCAUGCAGUCUGUGCCAGAAUCUUCCAAUGGAUUAUUGACAGUGGAGCAGGUAAAAGAAAUCGGAGAUUACUUUAAACAACACCUCUUACAGUCCAGGCACAGAGGAGCAUUUGAACUGGCUUACACUGGCUUUGUGAAACUUACUGAAAUACUAAACAGGUGCCCCAAUGUGAGUCUGCAAAAGCUACCGGAACAGUGGCUAUGGAAUGUUUUAGAGGAAGUUAAAUGCAGUGAUCCUUCAUCUAAACUCUGUGCUACAAGGCGCAGUGCUGGCAUUCCUUUCUACAUACAGGCGCUAUUGGCAUCUGAACCUAAGAAAGGCAAAAUGGAUUUGUUGAAGAUGACAAUGAAAGAGUUAAUCACCUUGGCUGGGCCUACAGAUGACUCAAAGAGCACCGUCCCCCAGGUUCAUGCUUUAAAUAUCCUUAGAGCCUUGUUCAGAGAUACACGUCUGGGAGAAAAUAUUAUUCCAUAUGUUGCUGAUGGAGCUAAAGCUGCGAUUCUAGGCUUUACAUCACCAGUCUGGGCAGUGAGAAAUUCAUCCACACUCCUUUUUAGUACCUUGAUCACAAGAAUAUUUGGAGUUAAAAGGGGAAAGGAUGAACUCUCCAAAAAAAAUAGAAUGACAGGAAGCGAAUUUUUUUCUCGUUUCCCGGAACUCUAUCCCUUUCUUCUCCAACAGUUGGAAGCUGUAGCUAAUACUGUGGACAGUGAUACGGGAGAACUCAACCGUCAUCCAAGCAUGUUUCUCUUACUUUUGGUGUUGGGAAGACUCUACCCUUCCCCGAUGGAUGGCACCUACUCUGCUCUCAGCAUGGCGCCUUUCAUUCCCUUCAUUAUGAGAUGUGGUCGCUCGCCUGUCUACCGCUCCCGUGAAAUGGCAGCUCGUGCCUUGGUCCCGUUUGUGAUGGUAGAUGAAAUCCCCACUACCAUCCGAACUCUGGUGGCCAAACUCCCCAACUGCACUGACCAGUGUUUCCGGCAAAACCAUAUUCAUGGAACGCUUCUCCAGGUUUCUCAUUUGUUACAAGCCUGCACAGACUCCAAAUACAGACUGAAUACAUACUUUCAGCAGGAGCUGGCUGACGUUGCUGUUUGUACCAGAGCCAAACUCUGGCUGGCCGAGAGCAUGUAACAUGUUCCAUCUUUUGGAUAAAUCAACACAUGGAACCAUUCCCGAUGAAUUGGAGCCAAUUCAGAUUCACAAAUAGCAAGGCAGUGUAGCCGACACAGUGGGGAACAUAGAGAUGAAUGAUAUGGUCCCUGUUUCAAAAACCACAUAAAUAAGACAGGUAUGGAUUUAAUUAACUAUAAACAAGUAAGAAUCUGGUAAAUUCUGAAGCGAGGUCAGAGUGUGUUACAGGAGCUGGCUUGUGGGAUCAGGGUGCCAAGGACAUCUUCUAGGAGGAGGGAAACGUCUUUAAAAGCUGAGUGAGAUGUAAUUAUUAGGUAAGGGUAAUUUUCUUAGAUUGGAGAAUGAGUGAGUUUAGACUGAUGGAGAGCCUGUGUUGCUAAAUAAAUUGUGAAGGUCUCAUUGCCCAAGCACAAAGGAAGGAGUCUUAGCACGGUGCUCAGCAUUGUGGGAACCACUUUAGGCAUUUACAAUGGCGUCUCUAUUGUCAGAGUUUAGUGAUGGUUCAGUCUAGUUGAAAAGAGAGUUAUCCAUGUGAAACAACCAACGGUGACGUGCAUAAAGAAGUCUGAAUUCUGUGGUACAUAGAAUAAGUACAAGAAUUCAGCGAAGAAUGUAGACUGGAAUAGUCAGGGAAGGCUUUGCUUUCUCAGGGAGCUAGGUAUUUGAGAUGGGUCCUAGAGCAUUGGUGUGAUUCGGAAACAUCAAACGUGGUGGGAAAAGAGCGCGUCAGGAGUGUGGACAGCAUGUGCAAGGACACACCGAAGGGAAUGCAUGGGAUAUAUUGUGUGCCAGCGAGGGCAGAGGGCUGCAGGAGACACGCUGUGUUUCAGAGAGCGGUACAAGAUUUGAUAAGAGACCAGUUGUGGCAGGCCUUAAAUGUCAGCCAGAGGAAUUUGGAUUUGAUCCAAGAGUUAAAAGGAAGUCAGUAAGCUCAGGCUUAUACUGGUAAGUACGCUGCUGUCUCUGCGCACAUGAGCUACGCUGAGGAGUGUGUUAAACCUUUGCAGCCCCUCCCAGUGAUCAGCACAAGUUCCAGCCCCUCCUGGCGGUGAGCGAGAGCUCCCCGGGAACCAUCUACCAGCGUUCUGUCUGUCCCUUGGAAGCCCCUGUUGCCUGCCUGGGCAGCUGGUGAGGGGAGUAGAG